AUGCCAAAGAUCGUCUCGCGCUCUGUCAUCUCCUCCUCAGACGGCCCUUCAUCAGCCACAGGAGCCGGCAAUGCAGCAGCUGGCGGCUCAACGCAGCCUUUGCGCAUCUUCUACUGCCUCUGCGGCGACUUUGCCCUUGUAUGCGACCAAAGCCUCGAUGAGCUGCCCAAACGCCCUCUGGAUGGGGCGAGGGUGAUGCGAUGCCUCGACUCGCCCAAGGGAACCAAGAAGACGACAUUCAAGCUGAGUGCGAGGCAGGGGAAGCAGAUCAUGCUCCGUAGGCCGGAUGGGACGUUGGAGAAGCAGUACAGAUUCCAUUGCUCGAGGUGCGAUCUGCCUCUGGGAUAUGAGGUGACACCGCCGCCACUCAAGAGCGGCAAAUUUACCUACAUACUACCGGGAGCGCUGACUGAGGUCCAAGGCACUGCGCCUCCUGACGCUCUGCUCGAAGCUUGA